GGCCGCCCACCUCUGUUUCCCUCGAACGUUUUCUGUUGGAUAUCAGCUAGCAGAGGCCCUUCCAUCCAGUACUCUCUACCUAAUAUUCCACCACACUCCUUACCACUUCUCUUCUCUACCUCUGUCCCUGGUUGGACCUUAGGAAGUUAAUACUUAUUCAAAGCGAGACUUUGCUGGUCGUCCUUCACUCCCAAAUUCUAUCAAUUUCAACAGCACCAACUUAAUUCAGCACAAUGCCGAGCGUACGAACACUGAUUACCGGGCUCUUUGCCCUGGCGCCUCUCGCGGCUGCCGCUCCCACCAAGGUCCGCGUCCGACAAGAGUCCUCAUCAGCGGCGGCUUCAUCAAGUGCCGCCCCGGCAGCAACAGGCGCGGCGGCACCACCAGCUGGUGGCUUGAGCGAUGUUGACAUCCUUCAAUUCGCCCUGACCGCAGAGCACCUCGAAUCCGAAUUCUACAAGCAGGGUUUCGCCAAAUUCCCCGCAAGCGACUUCCAGGCCCUUGGUCUCACCGAUGCGCAGAUCAAGUCUCUUAUGGGUGUUGGACAGACGGAGGCUACCCACGUGUCGACGCUUCUGAGCGCAAUCUCCGGAGCUGGAGCUCAGCCCGUGGAGGCCUGCCAAUACAACUUCGAUGCCGCCCUCGCGGAUGCGAAGACCAUGGUCGCAACCGCCCGUGUCCUCGAGGCCGUCGGUGUCUCUGCCUACCUCGGAGCCGCUCCUCUCGUCAACUCAUCCGACGUCCUCACUGCUGCGGCAACCAUCGUGACCGUUGAGGCCCGCCACCAGGCCUUCAUUCGCGUGGCUUCCGGAGCCGAGCCUGUUCCCGCCGCUUUCGACACUCCCCUAGGGCCCCGCGCUGUCUUCACCCUAGCUGCUCAGUUCAUCAAGUCCUGCCCUGAGGGCUCCAACCUGAACAUCCAGGCUUUCCCCUCCAUCUCGCUCCAGAAUCCCGAGCAAGCCACCGUUGGCCAGAACCUCAAGUUGGCAGACGCCGCUCAGCCCUCCGGCGCCCAGUUCUGCGCAUUCGUUGCUCCUGGUGGCAACCAAUUCUCGCAAAUCACUGACGGCAACUGCGUCGUUCCCCAGAACCUCCAGGGUGAGGUGUACAUGAUGAUCACCAAGUCGCAGUCGGUCGCCGAUGCUGAGGUCCUCGCCGGCCCCUCCGUCAUCCAGCCCUCAUAAACGCCCAUCGCUCACCGUCAUGGCCAGCACCGCCGCCAUAUUUUUUUUCUUGCUAUUUCAUCAUGAUUAUGAGCGUUUAGAGGUCGCAGGGGCUGCAGCAUUACGGACAAGCGAAGCGAAAGCGUCGAAGCGUACGUGUACGACAUCAUUUGCCUUCACUACAGUCGUUGAA